AGACAACAACGACCAUAUUGCUGGGCCUAACCGGGCCGUUACUAGUCUAGUCGCAUCGCAUCGCGUCCAUUUCUCUAACCCUGCAGCCGCCCCCCGUCCAAUGCUCUGAUCGGCUUCGCCACCCACGUCGCGCCGCGCGCCGCCGCCGCCGCCCUGCGCUGUCCGCUGCAUCUCCGGCUCGCCGCGCGGUACGCCUCCGGUCCCGCGUGCUCUCCGAGAGAAACCAGUGACAAUGGUCGUCCCUCCACCAGACAGGGCCGCUAGGAUCGUCGGUUUUCUCAAGCCCUACCUUUUGAGGAUGCAUUUCUCGAACAAGUAUGUAACCGCCCAGGUCAUCCAUACCCCAACAGCAACCGUCGCGUGUUCUGCAAGCUCGCAGGAGAAGCUGUUGAGACCGAACUUGGAGUCGACCCGCGACGUCUCUGCCGCGGCAAAGAUUGGGAAGCUGCUGGGCGAGCGCCUGCUACUCAAGGGGAUACCUGCCGUGUCCGUCCACAUGAAGAGAGAGCAGAAGUACCACGGGAAAGUCAAGGCUGUUAUAGAUUCUGUCAGAGAAUCUGGUGUCAAGCUGUUGUGAUGGUGAAAACAUAGAGCUCGGCUUAGCAUUUGCGCAGUCUUGAGCUGUAUUUCUGAUGUUUGGACUGAUUCACAGCAACUUUUGUGUUCAUGAAUUUGGCACUAAACGAACGUUUGUCCGGGACUCCAGGUCAAUAAAGGGACUGUGUUGUAGGAGCUCGACCUGAUAAUCUGCAGUAGCACUUUUUUUUUUUGAAACAAAUCUGCAGUAGCACUUGAUGACUCGAGGAUAAACAGCCUGUUAUGGUUUCCUCUCCGAAAUGUAACGGAGAUUAUUGGGCUGGAGAUAUUCCGGACUUGGUUGCCUGUGAUGCUAAAUUUGGUAUUCAAGACUGUGACCUCUUUUGCGUGUGGAUUAA